UCCCUUUUACAGAGAAACAGAGGUCAACCCUAAAUCCCAAACCAGGCCGAGCAAGAGCAAGUGAGAAGAGAGAAAGAUGUACCAUAUGGAGAGGAUUAGAGGAACCCAGCUCCUCCUCCUCCUCGUCCUUUCGCAUUUCGAAAAACCCUUGAAUCACAAACACAGUCCUCUCGAUUUCUGUUGUUAUUUCGCUCCCUGAAUCUCCUCUAAUUCCCGCCAAAAAGGGAUCAAUCUGUUUUAGCUAAUCCAAUCGCCGGUCCUCUCAAUACUGCAGAGCCCUCUGAUAUCGGGUCCUUGAUAAUGGGUCUCGAAUCGGUUUCCAGUCUCUUCAGGAGUUCAGAUACUGAUCUUAAUGGUGGAGAGUGUUCGAACACCAUGAUUGUUAAAGCAUAUCCGCUAGGUAUCAUACGUGUAAACAAUAAUGUUAAUGGAGAGGAUGAGGGGGAGUCUAGAUUUGAGCCAUACGUUGGGUUGGCGUUUGAUUCAGCCGAUGAUGCUCGUGAAUUUUACAGUUCUUAUGCAACCCGUAUUGGAUUCAAAGUUCGUACUGGUCAGUUGUACCGGUCACGGACUAAUGGGUCAGUUUCUUCAAGGAGAUUUGUGUGCUCCAAGGAGGGGUUCCAGCUCAAUUCAAGGACGGGCUGUCCAGCUUUCAUUAGGGUGCAAAGGCGUGAUUCUGGCAAGUGGGUUAUUGACCAAAUCCAGAGGGAUCAUAAUCAUGAAUUAGGGCUUUUGGGGGAAAAUUCUCCUCCUGUUCAGAAGCAGAGAACUCCUGUGGCUAAAAAAUCUUCAGUUAGUGUCUCCCGCAGGUCGAAGGUCAAAUUGCUCACAGAAGUUGAUGGUGGAUGGCCAUGUCCAUCAGGUGUCAUUAACGUGAAACGCCUAAAAAUUGGAGGUCAAGAGGGACAAACCAAAGCUGAACCAUAUUCAGGUCUGGAGUUCAGUUCAGCUGAGGAGGCAUAUCAGUUUUAUCAAGUGUAUGCUGAAAAUACCGGCUUCAGAGUUCGAAUCGGUCAGUUGUUUCGUUCAAAGCUUGAUGGCUCCAUUACAUCCCGGAGAUUUGUAUGCUCAAGGGAAGGGUUUCAACAUCCUUCAAGAGUUGGUUGUGGGGCAUUUAUGAGGAUCAAAAGAGAAGACUCUGGGAGGUGGAUGGUGGACCGUCUUCAGAUAGAUCAUAAUCAUGAUUUUCAGACACAAUGGGGGACUGGUAAAAAAAGUCUUACGGCUUCAAAGAAAGUCAUUGAGGAGGUUAGUGGGGGAUUGGACUCUAUGGAUCUAGCAGAUGUCCGAAGCAGCAACCUUAUCAGAAGUGGUCGAGCAAACAACAUUGGAAGUGAUUGGUACCAAGUGCUUUUUGAGUAUUUCCAGACUAAACAAGCAAGAGAUACAGGAUUUUUUUAUUCAGUUGAUGUACACGAUGGUAGUUGCAGGAGUAUUUUCUGGGCAGAUGGCAGGUCUAGAUUUUCAUGCAGUCAGUUCGGUGAUGCCAUUGUUUUUGAUACAUCAUAUAGAAAAAGUGAAUAUUUGGUACCCUUUGCAACAUUUGUUGGAGUUAAUCACCACAGACAGCCAGUGCUUCUUGGGUGUGCUCUUGUUUCUGAUGAAUCAAGGGAGUCUUUCACUUGGUUGUUUCAGACGUGGCUUAGGGCAAUGUCAGGGUGCCGACCAAAGUCAAUUAUAGCUGAUCAAGACAUGUCCAUCCAACUUGCUAUUGCCCAGGUUUUCCCUGGGACUCGUCACCGUUUUUCAUUGUGGCAGAUCAGGGCACAGGAACGGGAGCUUAUGAGGCCAAUGACUAAUGACUUUGGGUAUGAAUAUGAGAGGUGCAUCCUUCAGAGUCAAACUAAUGCUGAAUUCAAUACUGUGUGGAAUGGGCUCAUAAACAAAUAUGGAUUGAAGGAGAAUGCCUGGCUAAAAGAAAUGUAUGAGAGGCGUGAAAGUUGGGUUCCAUUGUAUUUACGGGGAACCUUUUUCGCUGGCAUCCCAAUGAAUGAAAGUGUUGAAUCUUUCUUCGGUACUUUAGUGAAUGCCCAGACACCAUUAGACGAGUUUAUCUAUCAAUAUGAACAAGCUCUCGAGCAACGCCGUGAAGAGGAAAGGAAAGAGGAUUUUAACUGUUUGAACUUGCAGGCAUACCUGCAAACAAAAGAACCUGUUGAGGAACAAUGUCGAAGGCUCUAUACACUCAUUCUGUUCAAAAUCUUUCAAAAUGAACUUUUACAAAGCUAUGGCUAUCUCGGAAUAAAGGCUUAUGAGGAAGGUGCUGUCAGCAGAUACACAGUUCAGAGGUGUGGUAAUGAGAAUGAGAAACAUGCUGUUACAUUCAAUGCAUCAAAUCUUAAUGUCAGUUGUAGCUGUCAAAUGUUUGAAUUUGAAGGUGUCCUUUGUAGCCAUGUUUUGCGAGUAUUCAGCCUGUUGAACGUAAGGGAAAUACCAUCUCGCUACAUCUUGAGUCGGUGGACAAGGAGUGCCGAGUAUGGUGUUGUACGUGAUGCUCAAUCAGGUGUUGGCCCUCAAGAACUUAAGACCUCGAUGCUGUGGAGUCUAAGGGAAGCGGCCUGUAAAUACAUAGAGUCCGGCACAUCAUCCCUAGAUAAAUACAAGCUUGCCUACGAGAUUUUGCGAGAAGGUGGGAAGAAACUUUCUUGGUAAACUCUGGGGCGAGGGCAAACAUCACUGUAGGAUAAUUCUUGUAAUUUGAUUGUGUUGUUAGUUGCUCCUUAGGUCUUAGUUGUUUCGACUGAAGAAGACCUUUGUCCCACCACAGAUCAUCCCUGUCUGAAUCAUAUUCUUGAGUACUCCUUGAUGUGGCUCAAGGGUUCAUUGAUUGACUGCCAUGUUUAGACGCGCGGAGCAUGUAAUUUUAUUUUUCUGUGAGAUCGUAAUAUUUGUCAUAAAGGCUUAGGGCCACUGCCUGCAACUUCAGUAGUAGCAAUGUUGUUUUUCUACA